AUGUCUACCCCCAAUGAGAGCCUGUUGGAGAAAGCCUACUGGGAGCCCGCCAGAGCCGAGAGCGAGCGACCGCUGGCUCGAGUGAAGAGACGCAUCCUCGACUUUGUGAAACCGUCGUUCGCGACCAAGUCAGGACUCGAGAGCCCCAAACCCAGGCGGACAGCCUAUCUCGACGGGGUGAGAGGGUUUGCUGCCUUCAUGGUCUACUGGGGCCAUCAUCAGCUCUGGGCUCAUGACGCGGUGAAGCCAGAUCGGAUCCUGGAGAACGCGUACGGCUAUGACAAGCAGUAUUACUUUGCCUGCCUGCCUGUGCUCCGCAUGUUCUUCUCGGGUGGCCAUUUCGCGGUCACGGUCUUCUUCGUCCUGUCCGGCUACGUGCUCUCGGCCAAGCCACUCAGCAUGAUCCAGGCCGGCGAUCACAUGAGGCUGGGAGAGAAUUUGGCCUCGGCGCUCUUCCGACGCUGGCUGCGGCUGCACAUUCCUGUCAUCUGUACGACUUUUCUAUACAUGACCUCGUGGCACGCGUUUGGAUAUCGCGCCGAUCCGCAGCCUCGAUCCACGUACCGCGAAGACCUGUGGAACUGGUACGCCGAGUUCAAGAACUUCAGCUUCGUGUUCCGGACCGGCGGCGAUCCAUGGUUCAGCUACAGCUUCCACGCCUGGUCGAUCCCGGUCGAGUUCCGGGGCUCGAUCGUCAUCUACACCACGCUCAUGGCCUUGUCCCGCUGUACGCGGAAUGCUCGCCUGUGGUGUCAGAUCUGCCUCAUCUUCUACUUCAUGUACAUUGUCGACGGCUGGUUCUGUUCACUUUUUGUCUCGGGCAUGCUGCUUUCCGACCUGGACCUCCUAGCCGCGGACGACAACCUACCCCAUGUGUUCUCCCACCUGUCCCAGGUCAAGACUCCCAUCUUCUACGCUCUCUUCAUCCUCAGCCUCUACCUCGGUGGCGUUCCAUCGUACAGCUCGGACAUCAACGUCCUGAGGGAGUCGCCGGGCUGGUACUACCUUUCCUUCCUCAAGCCACAAGCCGUGUACGACUAUAAAUGGUUCUAUCUCUUCUGCGCGGCCAACUUUGUGGUGGUAUCGAUCCCGCACAUCUCGUGGCUCAAAGCCUUCUUUGAGACUCGGUUCAACCAAUAUCUGGGCCGAGUCUCGUUCGCAUUUUACCUCGUGCACGGCCCGAUCCUGUGGUCGCUCGGGGAUCGCGUCUAUGCCGCCGCCGGCUGGUCGAGAGAGUCUCACAUCAUGACCAUCCCGGGCUGGAUGAACCUGCUUCCCAUUCCGAAGAUCGGACCGUUUGGAUUGGAGCUGAGCUUUCUGCUGCCUCAUCUGAUCCUGCUCCCGGUCACGCUAUGGUUGGCAGAGCUAGUCACCAAACUUAUUGACGAACCCACGGUGGACUUCUCGCAGUGGCUGUAUAGAAAAACCCUGGCACCGGCUUCCAAGCUGUGA